UAACUUGCGAUAUUUCUCUCUCCGAGUUCGAGUUCUCGCUCAUAUUUUUCGUUGUCGUCUACUCACAAACCAUAGAAUUUGCGAUUAUAUAUAUAUAUAAGAUUGAGAGUUUUAGAGAGAGAAAUUGGAGAGAGAAAGAUCAGAGCUUGUGGGUCUCUUCAGGGGCUAUGGCUUGGAGGCGUCUUAUCACUCAGGUCUCAAGGCAGCAAUCAGAGUUAGGACAAUUGAAAACUUUGUUUGUUAGAAAUUUUCUUCCUUCCCAAAAGUUUGGAGGGAAUAGGUUUCCCAGUGCUCAAGAAAGGUUUCAAUCAAGUUAUGUUGGCAAUUUAGCUCGCAGAGUACGUGAUGCAGAAGGAGCAAGUGAUGCUGCCUAUCUUAAAGAGCUAUAUCAUCGAAAUGACCCAGAAGCAGUGAUAAGAUUAUUUGAAAGUCAACCAUCAUUACAUUCCAACCCUUCUGCUCUUGCAGAAUAUGUUAAAGCUUUGGUCAGAGUUGACAGGUUGGACGAAAGUGAGCUGUUCAAGACAUUGCAAAGAGGUAUUACUAGCUCAUUUGGGGAGGGAGAAAGUACAGGUGGCCUUUCAGCUUUUAGAAAUGUGGGAAAAGUGACAAAGGACAGUGUCCUCGGAACAGCUAGUGCUCCUAUUCAUAUGGUAGCUUCAGAGGGAGGACAUUUCAAAGAGCAGUUGUGGCGUACAUUCCGCACUAUUGCGCUGGCCUUUCUCUUGAUUUCAGGUGUAGGAGCACUCAUUGAGGAUAGAGGAAUCAGUAAAGGACUUGGUCUAAAUGAAGAGGUGCAACCUAGCAUGGAAUCAAAUACAAAAUUUAAUGAUGUAAAGGGUGUUGAUGAGGCAAAAGCUGAGCUAGAAGAAAUAGUUCACUACCUUCGAGAUCCUAAGCGCUUCACUCGUCUAGGUGGCAAACUUCCAAAGGGUGUUUUGCUUGUUGGUCCACCUGGCACCGGCAAGACCAUGUUGGCAAGAGCUAUCGCUGGAGAAGCUGAGGUGCCUUUCUUCUCAUGCAGUGGCAGUGAAUUUGAAGAGAUGUUUGUUGGUGUUGGAGCCCGGAGGGUUCGGGAUCUUUUUUCAGCUGCGAAGAAGAGGUCGCCUUGUAUAAUUUUCAUUGAUGAGAUAGAUGCGAUUGGCGGAAGCCGUAAUCCAAAGGAUCAGCAGUACAUGAAGAUGACUUUGAAUCAGUUGCUCGUUGAACUGGAUGGAUUCAAACAAAAUGAAGGGAUCAUAGUGAUUGCUGCAACUAACUUCCCUGAAUCUUUGGACAAGGCACUGGUGAGACCUGGUCGGUUUGAUCGUCACAUUGUUGUCCCUAAUCCAGAUGUAGAAGGGCGGAGGCAGAUUAUGGAAUCCCAUAUGUCAAAGGUUCUGAAGGGGGAUGAUGUUGAUCUGAUGAUAAUUGCUAGAGGAACUCCUGGGUUUUCAGGUGCUGAUCUUGCAAACUUGGUCAAUAUUGCUGCUCUCAAGGCAGCAAUGGACGGCGCUAAAGAGGUUACCAUGGCUGAUCUGGAGUAUGCAAAGGACAAGAUUAUGAUGGGAAGUGAACGCAAAUCAGCAGUUAUCUCUGAUGAGUCACGAAGACUGACAGCUUUCCAUGAAGGUGGUCAUGCCCUUGUGGCUAUCCAUACUGAUGGAGCUCUUCCAGUACAUAAAGCAACAAUAGUCCCACGUGGGAUGUCACUUGGCAUGGUUGCUCAAUUGCCAGACAAGGAUGAGACAAGUAUCUCCCGUAAGCAGAUGCUUGCUCGGCUUGAUGUCUGCAUGGGUGGCCGAGUUGCAGAAGAGCUUAUCUUUGGAGAGAGUGAGGUCACUUCUGGUGCAUCUUCUGAUCUCCAGCAAGCAACUUCCCUUGCAAGAGCAAUGGUUACAAAGUUUGGUAUGAGCAAAGAAGUUGGGGUUGUUACUCACAACUAUGACGAUAAUGGAAAGAGCAUGAGCACUGAGACUAGGCUCCUUAUUGAAAAGGAAGUAAAGCAUUUCUUGGAAAAAGCCUAUAACAAUGCUAAAACCAUCCUCACUACUCACAGCAAGGAGCUCCAUGCUCUAGCUAAUGCCCUGCUUGAGCAUGAGACACUUACAGGAAAUCAGAUAAAGGCUCUGCUUGCACAGGUCAACUCCCAGCAGCCGCAUCAGCAACAACAACAGCAAUUGGUUACAUCACAGAGCACUUCACAGUCUAAUCCAGUGCCUCCCUCAACACCCAAUGCAGCCGCAUCUGCUGCCGCUGCUGCAGCUGCAGCAGCAGCUGCUGCAACUGCUGCAGCCAAGGCCAAAGGCAUUGCCCCUGUGGGAUCUUAGCAUGAAACAGCUGGUAAGACUCUUUCCAAGUAGUAGCUAUAUCAGUAUCAAUGUGCAUAUGGCAAUUUACUUAAAACCCUUCUGUUUCCAAGAACGACCAUGCUAGUUUCAUUGCUGCCUACUUGCAGUGAUGUCCAAUUUAUGUAAUCAUCAUGAGCUCGGAAGUGAUCGAAAGCUGUAGGAGAUUAAUGGCAGAACCCAGAUCGUAGCAGUUAUAGUUUAUGCCCAUUGGAAAGUGUCGUCUGUCCCCUUUCAUUUUAGUGCCACAAAACUGACUAUACUGUCUAUUUGAAUUUUGUUCACCUUCACAACAUUUGUAAAGCACUUACCAUGAGUUACUCUCUCUUUCCUCUUCUUUCUCAUAAUUGCCUGUGUGGAUUCAUGACAAAACAAAAUGAAUCAGAGUUAUUAGAGAUUAUCAUAAGAAGGGCUUGUCUUCAACAUUAUCUGGGUUCAACCAUUGCUGGAACCUGAUACAUAUACAUUCACUCAGCUUUUUAUUCA